AUGUUCGCGUGCGUCCCGACAACUGCAGCUGCUUGCAGGACGGUGGCUGCGGGGACGAGGACGGUUGCUGCGCCGAGGAUUUGCCCGGUGUCGAGGCUUGCCCGUGCUUUGACCGUGUUUCAACGGCGGGGGUACCUGAGGCAUUACUGCAAGCUUUGUUAUGAGGGCACCGGCAACUGUCCUGGUUGCCAUGUGAUCACUGUCGGUGCCAACCGCGGCCUGCUGGCAUCACAGAAGGACGCCGCCGACAGUACCGCUGCGGCGGCCAAAGCCACCGUUGCCACGCUGCCGGGUGUCCGAGACGGCGAAGAGUGCCGCAAGUGCUUGCGGCAAGGGUUCGCCCGCAAGUGCUGCGGCGAGUUCUACUGUAGCAGCUGCUACUUCCAGACCGGCCACUGCCCCAGCUGCCACGUCCCGGCCGAGAAGAGAAUAGAGUACCAGAGGAUCCCGCGCGACCCGGGGGUAGUCCCUGUUCUCGUCGGCUUCUUUGCGACCAUUCUCGUGUGCCUGGUAACUCUCGCCGGGGUCUCGGUGGCCAUAGCCAACAAUAGCGCCGUGAUUAAGACGGUGUUUGAUCAGACCUGCUACGGGUUCUUCCCAAGCUGCACCCCCGGCGCGAAGUGCGUGGCCUACGACUCUGGCGAUAUUGGAAACGGCCUCGAACCCAUCACAGAAUGGAGUGCCUGCGAGGACGAGACUACUGUGAACAAGAUCUAUGGGAGCUUCUGCGUUUUUGACGAGGAGGUUUACGUGUACUCGGAUGAAAAGUGGGGCUUCGACUUUUGCGAGGAAGAGUUCAUGUCUGGCUCCGCCGGCGCAUACGUGUUCGAAGACACGUUCGAGAUGUGGGACACCGAGAACGUGUCCUCAAACACAAUGGCCUCCGCGCGCUGGGAUCACGUGACGAACGGCCGGUUGUCGGAUGUGUGCGGGUUGGGCAACGGGGCGGGGACGAUGAUGUUCUCGGGGGCGAACUUCCGGGAGGUGGAGACGUUGGAUGUUGACAUGAGGUCAGGAAUACGCGGCGGCGACGUGGGGACGUGUGCGUAG